AUGAUGCAUGGAAAUCUCUUACUCUGCUUAAUGGGUUAAGGUUUCCCAAACUGGUCCCCUCCAAUUUUUUUUUAAGAUUCUUUAACAAAACUAACAUAAUAAGGUCCUCAUUAAUAUACUCGUGCAUUUGGAGCUCCAAAACUUAUAAAUUCAAUAAGUGAUUUUUACUCUCCAAUAUUUAAUCGUAAAAUAGACCCAAAUACUGAAAUAUGUGUCUCUGCUGGAGGUGUAAGUGUAUUAAACGCAAUAUUUUUAGGAAUACUAAACUCAGGUGACGAAGUUAUACUUUUAGACCCUUCAUAUGAUUGUUAUAGAGCCCAAAUACAAAUAGCUGGUGGAAUAUCAAAGAGUGUACCAUUAAAAUACCGUAAAAAGAACACAUAAGAAGAAAUAAAAACCGAAAAGAUAUGA